AUGAACAGGUCGAAUUCAGAGCCCUCCGAGGCCUCUUCGGAGGUCUGCAGCCAGGUCGCCUCCAACCUCUCGAACCAGGAGGAGACGACGAGUACCUCCCCCGGGAAGCUCUCACUGGACCUCUCCCUCUCCAGCACCGGCGAGAGCUUCACCAGAGCUCCUCCCCGCAGCGGCGCCGCCUCCGCCGCCGUCGCCCCCAGAGUCUUCUCCUGCAACUACUGCCGCCGCAAGUUCUUCAGCUCCCAGGCACUGGGGGGCCACCAGAACGCCCACAAGAGGGAGAGAACCAUGGCGAAGACGGGUCUGCAACUGAGCUCCUUCCCGUCUUGCCCUAGCCUGGCUUCCCUCCCCCUCCAUGGCUCCCCUCAGGUGAUGGCCAUAGAGAUCAAAGCUCACGCCUUGCAGCACCGCGAGGGCGGCCAUGGCCGGGCGGCGAUGUUCUUGCAGGAGAAGGGAGAUGGGUUCUUCUUUCCCCGGAGCUUCGCCGCCGCCGGAGUCCCCCCCAGAUCACCACCGGCGCCGCCGCCGGAAGAGCUCGACCUCACCCUGAGACUAUGA